GCGAAGUAUGGCUCCGGAAACAUGGCUGAUGUGUGAUGAAUCAGGACCAACGGACAGACAAAUCACGCAGGUACUGAUCAGAGCAUCAAGAAGAGGAUGGUCCAGUAUGAGGAGGAGAUCAACCGGAAACCCGACAGAAACUCACACAUCAUAGACCUCCCACAACAAAAUGACUGUGAGGAGGAUGGUCUGGAUGAGCAGCAGGAGAGGAACUCCAGUCUGGAUCAGGAGGACCCAGAGCCUCCACAGAUUAAAGAGGAACAGGAGGAAUUCUGCAGCAGUCAGGAGGGAGAGCAGCUUGGACUGAAACAGGAGAAUGAUACCUUCAUGGUGAUGUCUGCUUAUGAGGAAAGUGAAGAAAGCCAGCAUGUGGACUCAGGAUCAACUAGAAAUGCAGAGCUGAAGAACAGGAGACGUUACAGAAAGAGAAGUUGCAAUAAGAGAGUAGACAACACUGCUGUGUCAAUGAGUCAGAGUCAAACUGGCACAAGGAAAAAAUCUUUUCAAUGUGACGUCUGUGGAAAAACCUUUCGCAAAAAAUAUAACUUUACUAAACACCAGAGAGUUCACACAGACCUCGAACAUGAGGAAGAGGAGGGUCUGUAUGAGCAGCAGGUCUUUAACCAGGAGAAGAACUCCAGUCUGGACCAGGAGGACCCAGAGCCUCCACAGAUUAAAGAGGAACAGGAAGAACUGUGCAGCAGUCAGGAGGGAGAGCAGCUUGGACUGAAGCAGGAGGCUGAAGGCAUUAUUGUCUGGACUGGGGAAGAGCGACUCAGACUGCUAAAGACCAUCUGGAAACCUGAGAUAAAGUUGCAAAGAGUAGACCUCCACCAGCAACAUGUCUUUAAGGACAAGAAGGUUCUCACAUCCCAGCAGGUCCUUAAUCAGGAGAGGAACUACAGUCUGGGCCGGGAGGACCCAGAGCUUCCACAGAUUAAAGAGGAACAGGAGGAACUCUGCAGCAGGCAGGAGGGAGAGCAGCUUGGACUGAAGCAGGAGGCUUAUACUUCAUUCAUGGUGACUCCGACUUAUGAGGAAAGUGACCACAGUGAACCAGAACCAAACAGUAAGCAACUCCUUUUUCACAGCUCACCUGAAGAAGAGAGCCAAGAUCAGGAAGAAAGCCAGCAUGUGGACUCAAUAUCUACUAAAAAUGCAGAGCUAAAGGAGAGGAGACAUUACAGAAAGAGAAGUUACAAUAAGAGAGUAGACAACACUGCUGUGUCAGGGAGUCAAAGUAAAACUGACGUAAUAAAAAAGUCUUUAAAGUGUGACACCUGUGGAAAAACCUUUCGCAAAAAAAACCACCUGACGACACAUCUGCGAAUUCACACAGGUGAGAAACCAUAUUCUUGCAGCACGUGUGGGAAGAGUUUCAGUCUGAACUCAACAUUGAAAACCCACACAAGACUUCACACUGGUGAGAGGCCAUAUGCUUGUAUCACCUGUGGGAAAAGAUUUAUUCACAAAUCAGAUUUGGAACGUCAUGUAAGAACACACACAGGUGAGAAGCCGUAUUCAUGUGGCACUUGUGGGAGAGAAUUCCGUCUGAACUCAACAUUGAAAACUCAUAUAAGAGUUCACACUGGUGAGAAACCGUAUUCCUGUAGCACUUGUGGAAAACAGUUUACUGAGAAAUCAUCAUUAAGAACACAUAUAAGAAUUCACACAGGUGAGAAGCCACGUUGUUGUAGUAUCUGUGGGAAAAGAUUUUCUGACAUCUCGGGAGUGAUAAAACACAUGAGAUUUCACACAGGCGAGAAACCACAUCCUUGUAGCACAUGUGGGAAAAGAUUCAGUCAGAAAUCAGAUAUGGCCCGUCAUGAACGAAUUCACACAGGUGACAAACCGCAUGGUUGCAACAUUUGUGGGAAAAUAUUCAUUCAGAGGACCAGCUUAAAGAAGCACAUGAGAAUUCACACACGUUAAACUUUCAGACUUUCAAAAUGUGGGACAGCUGUGUGUGAGCUCACACUGAGCAGAAAUUAAUCACUGCAAUGCUUGAAUGAAAAGAUGAUCCAUUUUAAAGUCAGUAUUUUCUGUGCAGAAUAGUGAAGAACUCACCAUUGUUUCUUAAGCCUUUUCCCCUCGUUCCUAUAAUUGUAUCAGGCAAACUCUGGUCUUACAUUUCAUGAAGGUUAACAUUCUGCAUGCUCGUGGCCUGUUGGUUCAUUGUUUAUUUUAUUUAUUAUGUGUUCUUAAAGUAUUAUUGCAGGGUCUACCUUGCAGUAUAAAGCGCCUUGAGGUGACUGUUGUUGUGAUUUGGCGCUCUAUAAAUCAAAAUCGAAUUGAAUUAUGGUUCAAGUAAAGAUUUUAUUCAAAAUCUUUUGAGUGUUUUUUUCCCUGAGGUGUAAUCUCUAAUAUAAUCUCUAUGUAAGCAGCAUGACAGAGGGUUCUGCUUUAUUUGUCUUUUUGUCAUGACACAUCUGUGGAGGAAUGGAGAUGCUUAGGUGAGAAAGCAGUGGACUUUUUGACAGUGUUGGGGAGUAACGGAAUACAUGUAACACCGUCACGUAUUUAAAAUACAGAAUAUGAGUAACUGUAUUCCGUUACAGUUACCGUUUAAAAAGGUGGUAUUCAGAAUACAGUUACUUUGUUGAAAAAAUCGGAUUACACGGCGGUCUUUUCCUGUUUCAUAUGUUAGGCUAUGCCCUCUCUAUUUUUGGUAAUUCCACUCUGGUGGAAACUAGGGGUGGGUUUUGAUAAUUGAUUUAUCGAUUAAAAUCGAUUCUGGCUUAGAUAACGUGAUAUCGAUUCAUUAAAAUCCUGAAUCGAUUUUUUAAUAUAAAUUUAUUUUGCCCAAAACGCCAGAAUCUCAGGUUAAACUUCACUAAAUUUCAACAAACACCAAACAUCUAGAACAGUAAAUGAGAGCAGGUACACGGAUUCUACACAAAAACGUAAACACAAAGCGCGGACCCACGGAUCAGAAUCAGUGAGAUGUCGCCUUUCUCACCCGUCGGCACGGGCACAGUCGGGGCUGAAAGUCGACAGCUCGCUGACAGCUCGCGGACAGCUCGCGGACAAAGCGGUCCGCGCUUUGUGUUCAUGCCCUUUUUGCGCUGAUUCUAAAGCUGUUAGUUUUAUCUCUCUCCAAACAAUAUUGACUGAACCAGCAGCAAAAGAAGAUCCAAACUACGCUUCACAUAAAGAUCGUCAUGGAUUCCCUCUUACUUUUGCUGUUUUGCUUCUACCACGAUAAAAUCGCACUUCAUGCACAGCUCUCUCUCUCGCUCUCUCUCUCUCUCUCUCUCUCUCUCUCGCUCAGUAUACUUCAAGAACAGUUUCCCAUCUAAAAAUCUGUUUUCUGCAUUAUUCGCUUGCUUGUUACGCACAAGUCUACCAUUGUUUAUAGCGCUGUCGGCCGCUGGUUUUUUUUCCCCUUUUAUUUACUUCUGAAAAGAAAACCUAAUUCAUGCCAUUCAAUAGGCUUCUGAACAAAUUUAAACUUUUUAAAAUUAUGCAAAAUGCAAAACGCUUAGCCGUGUCUCUAAUAAAACCUCUGUAACUUCAGAGGUAAUGUUCAUAUGUUGAUUAAUGAUUUUCUUUCAUUUUUGAUGUACAGCAGAAUAUUUUUAUAAAAUCCCAGGCCAGGAAAAUCACAUUCAUGUUUUUCUGUGUUUUAUCUUCAGCUACUUUGACACAAAGGCAUCUGCUGUGAUGCUCACACCUUUGACAAAGUCUUGCGAGUGUCAGCUUCCUUUUUAUUGUUACAAAAAUAUGUAAAUGUACUGAUCUGAAUUAUAAUAUUUCUGACUGUCUGAGGCAAAAUUUCCCAGAUUCGAAUCGAAUCAAAUCGUGAAUCGAAUCGAUUUGGGACCUUGUGAAUCGGAAUCGAAUCGAUUCUAGAAAUCAGUGACGAUACCCAGCCCUAGUGGAAACCCAAACAAAACAUUAA